CGAGGGUCUCCCCGCAGCUGGGUCUCCGACGCAGGGCUCAAGCAAGACGCCGCAGAGGCUGGUCUCCGGCCGUUCCGCAGGGCAGGGCGCGGUGUCACCGGCUGCUCAUCCCCGCCCUUGGCCGCCCGGUCCUUAAAUGCCGAGCGAUGCAGGCGCCGCCGCCUCUUCUUCCUUCUCCUUCUCCUCCUCUUCCUCCUCCGAUCCGUUCAGCCGCUCACCAUGAAGCCGCUCCUCGCCGCGCUGCUAGCCGGCCUCCUCUGCAUGCGGACGGUGUCUUCGCUCGCGUGCUUCCAAUGCGACAAAGUGGACAGUAACAACAAAUGCUAUGCCAUACAGCACUGUGGGGAGAACGACCGCUACUGCGUAACAAAAUAUUUUGGUGGAGGUCGUGGUGAAAGUUACAAGCAACUGAUCAGCAAAGAAUGUUCUGCCUAUUGUCCUGAGGUAGGGGUUGAUAUCGGCCUGAUGGCUUUCUCAAUUAAUUGCUGUGAGCAUUCCUUGUGCAACACAAGUGGUGCCGUCAGUGUGAAGACGAGUUCCUUGUUGCUGCUGGUGGGCACCUUGGCCAGUGUCUUCUACAUCAUUGGAGCCCAUCUGUGAUGAGAGACUACAUGAGCUCUUGGCAGCUCCCCCAGGGAGGACUCGAACCUAUCCUGGAAAAAUUGUAGGUUAAAAAGAAUUUCCCUCUUGCUACUUGGCUCUGUCUUCAAUUCUUUCAACUAAUAGUCCAGCCUAGUCCUUGGUAUACCUCGGUUGCAUCCGAUCUACAUGGACCUUUACUUGGGUCAAGGGCCUGAUUCUCCUUCCUUCCCCAGUCAUGAUUUUGCAGAUGUUUUGUGAUUUCUUUGCAUUUGCUCCUUGCAAAUGUCAACCCACAUGAGUUGACCAAAGUUAUGGGCAGUAGAUAGCAAGAUGCAUUAUUAUAAAGUUGAGAAAUAGCCCUAUGGUUGGUGGUUUACCCCUCCUGGGAGGAGAACCUCAAGAUUUCCUUCUUGCUUGAAACAAUCUUGCUUGCAAGGAAAUCCACUUGGGGGAGGGGUGAUGAUCCCAGCUUUCUUACUUUCCACUUGGACCUUGAUAAGGUCAACUGUUGAUAAACUUGGCUGUCCCAAAUACCAAGGGAGUAUAUCUCAUGUGUAGUCCAUUGUGUAGAAGUGAAUGCCUGGUUUCACUCAACCGAGGGUUUGUAGGAUAAAUUGCCUGGAUUCAUGCAAUGUGCUGAGCCUUUAAAACAUGAUGUACAGUUGACAAGGAUUGGGUUUACACACAAUGUUCAGCCAGGUUGGGUUGGGUUUGGUCUUCCGCUGGUUGGGUUCAUGGUUGAAUAAGGGUGAUCUGUCCCCGUCCACACACACACACAAACACAGCCAGCUGAGGGUUAAGAAAGUACUUGGCACGCACACAGGCCGUUAUCUCAAACUUGGCAGCAAUAUAAUCACCGUCUGCCAAGAGCUUUUACUGAAACAGAUAACAUAAAAUUACAUACGCAUUGCAAAUAGUCCAGCAAAACAAUAUCCCUUUCGGCAGCUUCAGACGUUGUUCAAGUGACUAGCCAAAGUUCGUUUUUGUUCGUCACGGAGUUUUACCAGCCACCACCCUCUCUUAUAUAGUCUCUGGGGUGUGGUCCAGUGACUCAGUUCUAAUCCCUAGCAUGCCUCCUUAACUGCUGCAACCGUUUAUCACGCCUUCGUUGGGGUGGAUCCAGGAACGACAGAUCGCCUCCAUCACUCUCAUCGGAGACACCUGGCUCCUGGCUAAUCUCCUCUCCCUCGGCCGGCACCUGAGACAGUGCCAGAGGGGAGGGGCCUGGAGAGGGAGGCCUGGCUGACUCCUCUUCCUCAUGUUCGGAGCUUUCUUCCUCCGAUGAGAUAGGCUCAGAGGGCGGGGCCACAACAAAGGGUUUGUUUUACUUAGAGAAAGUGAAAGGAGCUUUUCUCAGUGAUACCGCCCAGAAUCACACAAUAGUAAGACGGGCAGCAUAUAAAAUUAAUAAAUAUAUUGAUACAUACAUACAUACAUACAUACAUAUAUAUAUGUAUUUUUCUUCAACCAGGUAUUUUCCUAUGUAAACCAAGUUUCUCAAAUUGCAGCUGUAGCUGCAAAAUGUAUGCUUGCUGUCUGAAGAAGCCUAGGAGAUUAUUCUAAAUUAUUCUAAAAAUACGAGUUCCAGGUAUAUUAGUAAAAAUACACACACACACACACAUGUUUUCGUAGAUUUUCACGGGUACAGGUAUGCAAGUCUUGGCGCAUUCAGGUCUUUUCCCGUGUAAGAUUGAGAGUAUCUUGGCGACGUUUCGACGAGGUCCCACUCGUCAUCAUCAGGCUGGUGUCUUCGGCUUCGUGUCUGUGCGAGCAAAGCGUGAUUGGAGAUGCCGCCUCUCGAUAAAUACUGUUGGGGAAGUGGGGGGUGCUGGCUCUGUUGCUGUAGGCGGGUUGGUUGGCUGUGUUGCUACAUCUUGAUUAGUUGCAGCUUCUUUUUCUAAAAUACCCAGAUUUUUCCCUAUCCAGAAGGGGAAAAGUAAUCCAAAUUGGGAAAAUAAGAAUGCCAUUCAAUCGAUUGAUUGCAUUCUCUCUCUUUCUUUAUACCCUUUGUAAAGUGUGUAUUUUUCAUAAUGCUUUCCAAACUGAAUAAUGUUAAUAAUAAAAAGGAUAUUAAACCUUU